UCAAUCCGAGCUGCUGGUUUCUUGUUGUUGAGUGGGAUCGCUUUCUCUCCUCGAGGCGCCUUUUUUUCUUUGCAUUCAUCCCAUCUGUGUCCAUUACGUGCAGAGGUCUGGCGCCGUCUUUGCGACUAAUUGUCCUGGACAAGAUCAACAGAGCAUCUUAAACUGCUAGGUUUCUUGAUUACCUGGUUGCUUGGUGGGAUUGAUUGGUUGGCGAAUUAUGUGAGAUUGAUUGGUUGGCGAAUUAGGUGAGAUUGAUUGGUUGGUUAAUUAGGCGAGAUUGAUUGGUUGGUUAAUUAGGCGAGAGACGAGGAUGAACGAGUGUGUGAUUGGAUUACUGUAUGCUGGCAUAAGCUACUCGGAGGAUUAGACAUAUAUAGAUAGAAGCAGCUGUUUUUUUUUUUUUUUUAAAGCAGAUCGCUUGUUGAAGAAACUGAUCGGUAAAUUUAUCUCCCUCCUGAAGAGUAGUGAUGCGGCUGAACCCUUAUCUGUUGCGGAUCCCGAUUUCAGUGGCUCUGGUCCUGGUGCGUGUGCUUCUUGUACUAUUUAGUAGCUUCUUCAUCUGAUCGCAAUAGAGGUCCACGUUCAGGUUCUCUGCUCCUGAUCCCAUUUCCGGUCCUAGUCUUGACGGCUUCUACGUUGUGCAUUAUCUUGAUCUCGUCUUCCAUCACGUGAUCUUCUUCCCUUCCUCCCCUCCCCUCCUCCCCUCCUCCCCUCCCGCGCCUUCCCUCCACCACCCGCUUCCCUCCCCCCCUGAAAUUCCCUCCCCCAAGGCUCCCCUCUCCCAACUGCCUCGUCGUCUCACUUGCUUCCAAGUGACCUUUUUCAGCAUUCCGUUGCCUGAUCUUGGCCUUUCCGCUUCUGAUUCCCUCUGCCUCUCGUUGAUAAACACACACGGAAAACCCACUCAAACUCCCUCCCUCUUUAGCGAUCCACACACACGCGCUGAUAUACCCACCAAUACGCACACACACAUGCGCACACACAUGCGCACGCACGCACGCACUCGAGCGAAAUCUUGCAUUUUUGUCCGGUUCACUGGAUUCGAUCUCAGGCACACAUUCUUUGCGUGGUAUCCCUGUCCUUGCGCCCUUCGUUGUUUUAGGUUGACGUCAAGCGAAUUUUAACCUCCAUGUGGAGUGGUUGUGCCGCGCCGACCGGAACUUUCUGGCAGGCCUUUCCUUCGGCGGGUUCGGUCGAUCUCUUAGCGUUGACGUCAACCUUUCGCGAUCUGACCCCCUCAGUGGUAUCAAGGGAAGGGAACGAACGUUUCCUUUCCUCCUCUCCGCUCUUCUCUCCUCUCCUCUCAUUUACGAUCCUCUCUGUUCUCCUCCCUCCCUCCUUAUGAUGAUGAUGAUGAUGAUGAUGCGAGCGCUUGUCAUCUGAGUUUGAUUGACACUUUUGUAGUACUGUCGUCUCACGUCCUUGUCCCUCUCUCUCCUCCUCAAAGGUUCGGCCAUAUAGAUAACAAUAUAUAUAUAAGUAGUUUCCUCUUUCUUUCCCUUUGUUCUCUCUCGAUUCUGUCUCGAUUUUCUGUCUCGAUUCUCUCUCGAUUAUCACUUGCGCCACUUGUGUGUUUUUUGCUAUUUUUGAGAAUAGCCACGUGACUGCUGAAUGUCUCCAGUCUCGAUUCUCUCUCGAUUAUCACUUGCGCCACUUGUGUGUUUUUUGCUAGUUUUGAGAAUAGCCACGUGACUGUUGAAUGUCUCCAGUCCCCACCAUAGCUCCCAGAGCGGUAGUGGGUUAAGGAACGUGAACUGUCGUGUCUCUCUGUCCCGUUGCUCCUGACGCAAUUGUUAAUUGUAGUUGCCGGUAGGUUCUUCCCCCCUACCCCCCAAGUGGGAAGCAGUUGUUCAUCACCAUCUCGACCGCACACAGCCAUACGGUUACCGGGCAGUUCUGUUUGUGACGAUAUAUAUGAUAUAUAUCGUCAAUAUAUAUACAUCGCUUAGGCGCUCUGAUAUUAUGUGACAAUAUAUACAUAUAUGUACACAGUGUGACAAUAUACGUACACACACACAAGAUCAUUCGGCACACCGUUUGCAGCAUCUGUUGGUUGGUGUGUUUUCAACUGAUUCCGGGGCAGAUAAGGCUUUCUUUUGUUCUUUUUCUUGAUUUUUUCGUUCCCCCCCCCCCCCCCCCCCUUUCUUGUCGUCUUGUGGAGGAAAACAGUAUCCGUCAAAGACUGCGUCUCGUUGGGAUCUCUCCUUCGGCUUAUCGAACUUUGUCACUCUGUCUGUGCGUGUCUCUCUCUCUCUCUCUGUGUGUGCGUUGUGGACGUCGUCCCCUCCACCUCCUGCUCGUGCAUUAUCCUAAAUUGGUCGGUUGUCUCUCAGCGCUGCAUUGUUGUUUGUGCUCAUCACCUAGAGAACAGCGCCCUGCUCGGUCUCUGCUUCAGUCGUGGCAUCCAUUUCCUCCCUCCCAUUUCGUAAUUUUCUCUCUUCUUUUAUCUCAACGUGUGGCCUACCCAGUCGGCAGGAAGGAGACGUGCUUUCUUUCGUUGCCCUCUCUUCGUCUUCUUUGCCCUAUCCUCGCCGAAUGUGUAGAUUCAAAUCUAGCGGUUGUAGUGCAGCCUCUCGUGGAUUUUCUCCUCCUCCUCCUCCUCCUCCUCCGCCUCCCCCACUUCCUCCUCCACCUCCUCACCAACCACCCCGCGCAGUUCUUUCUUGGAUCUUUCUUCUCGUAUCCACUCCGGACGGGUAGAGUUUCUUUCCUUAUCUUCCCCUCCUCCUCCUCCUCUCCCCUCCGUCCCAUUUAUCUGUCGUACCCUCCUCCUGUCUUUCCCCUGCUCGCCUCGUUUGCUCGCUCGCUCGCUUGCUAGCCUGCCCUCCCCUUUUUCCUUUUUCUUUCUUCUGCGGGCUACUUCCUCUGCAGAGAGAGUGUUAGGAUGCCUAAGCCGAAUAUUUGGCAGCAUUACGAGAUCCUAGAGUACAGACAGAAAGGCGCCAAGGUGAUGAAAUGCCGCUACUGUCGGGAAGGUUUUCAGGGGACGGCAACAAGAGCAAGAGACCACUUCAUCAAGAGGCUGUGCAAACCUAAGCCAGGGGACGGUGGGAAGGAAGCUUUUGAAAAAGUUCUGGAAGGUUCUCGUCAGGCGCUCCUAAUGGCGCUGAAUUUGGCGGGAAUGCGCUGUUCACCAACGUCAGACAGCAGUGCAAUGGCUGGCGGAGGAGGCGGAGGAGGGGGGGGGGGGCUUUCCCCUCCAUCUGCCGGGCAGGCGCAGCAGUGCGUGGGGCCAUCUUGGGGGGUCGGUGGCGGAGCAGGUGCUGAUGGUGCUGGUGGUGUUGGUGGAGGUGCUUGUGUGGGGGGCGGUAGUAUAGCAGGAGGAGGAGGAGGAGGAGGAGGAGGAGGAGGAGGAGGGAUUGUUGGUGGAAGCGGUGGACUGGUCACUGCAGACUCAAGGCAUUUCCUCCUUCCGGAGCCUCCGAAGGCGGAUCCAGUGGAAGAUGCCAAUUCCGCGGUGACGGAAUUUCUGUUGACGAACGGAAUUCCUUUCUUUGUCACCAAGACGGAUUCUUGGAAGAGAAUGUUCUCCAUGGUCCUGAGGGUGGGAAAGAACUACUCCCCUCCGGAGUACGAUAUCCUGAGGACUUCACAGUUGAAGAAAUCGAAAGAGCGGCUGCAGAACCGACUCGACCUGCUUCGAGGCUCUUGGGGGGACAGUGGUUGUGUGCUCCAGUGCAGUGGAUGGUCCGAUCGGAGGGGUAGUCCUCAUAUAGAUCUCCUGGUCUCCUCGCCGGGCGGUACCAUGUUCCUCAGAUCGCAUAGUUUGAAAGGAAGCAGGGCAAAGAAUGUCAGGGUCUUGGCAAAGAUAUUUAAAGACACCAUAAAGGAAAUAGGGCCUGAAAAGGUCGUUGCGGUCGCAUCGGAUAAUGCCAGGUGUUAUAGGAAGGCGGGCAAACUCGUGCAACAGACUUAUCGAGGGAUAUACUGGAUGCCGUGCACAUCUCACACUCUGGACCUUUUGCUUCAGGACAUUGGCAUGUUACCCUGGGUCAAGCCGGCGCUUGACGCGGGGCGCGAGGUCGUUGGCUUCCUCCUCCGCCAUCGGAGGAUCCUUGAUCUUGUCCAGGGGUGUGGGGUAGGAAAGGAGGUCGCCAGACCUGAUGGGAUCAGCUUUUUGAGUCAUUUCGUGAUGCUGCAGUGUCUGCUGGAGCUGAAAGCAUCCCUGAGGCUGGCGGUGACAAGUCCUAGGUGGAAAGCUGCGAUCUUGGGAGGUAGCAUUUCUGGCGCCUCUGGCUCGGGUUCCUCUGGCUGUGGGCCAUCCGUGCAGAGCUGUCGAAACGAUGGGAAUUCGGAUGUGGACCUGGAUAUGCUGCAGUGGGUCAGGGUGAAGGUUUUGGACGAUGGCCACUUCUGGCCCCAGAUUCGGGUUGCGGUCGCCGCAAUGGAAGAUGUGGUCUCCAUGAUUCGACUCGUUGAUGGGGAGGAACCCUGGAUCAGCAAGGUGUACGGUCGGAUGGAUGCCCUGGUGGACUCUGUUCAAAAGUCAAACAUGUUGACCGACACCCAGAAGAAUGAGCUUGAACUUCUCAUUAUGAAGCGAUGGAACCGUCUUAACACACCGCUUCAUUGUGCUGCCCACUUCCUCGAUCCCGAGAUGAGAUCGUCAUCUCUCGUCCGCGACGAAGAGGUCAGAGCGGGGCUUCGGCACUGGCUUCAUCACAGCGUCCUGGACAUGCACAGUAGCAUAGAGGUACAGCGGGAACUUCUAAAGUUUGUCGAUAACAAGGGCCUGUUCGGAUCGCCGCACGCACAGGCUGCCACCAGGACACUGACACCGGAGGAAUGGUGGAGGUCCUAUGGGGAUAGCACGCCGAUUCUGCAAAAGCUGGCGACGAGGUUGCUUGGGCAAACGACGAGUGUGACGUGGUGCGAAAGCAACUGGAGAACGUUUGAAUAUGUGAGAGCUGGGAAACUGAACAAACUGCCCCCUCGCAGGAGAGAAGACAUGCUGUUUGCGCAUAUGAACCUGCGGCUUAUGGCGAAACAAGAUGAGGCGCUGAUGGAAGAGGCGGUUGCAUGGGAGGAGGAUGCAUACCCUCAGGAGGAGGUGGUGGCAGAAAUUCUGGAAAGGAGAGCGUUGCGGGAAUCUGGGCAGUGCUCUGCGGACGUGGGUAUCAUCGAUGAGCGUGGUGGGGUGGGGACCUCGUCCCCGCCAAAUGUUGCUGCGGAGGGGAAUUCCCGGCAGCAAAGGAGCCAAGAAGAACAGCAGUUUUGGGAUGGGAAGGAUGUCGACGAGGAUGACGAGGAGGAGAAGGAGGAGGAGGAGGACGAUGAUGACGAUGAGGAGGAGUGUGUAGGGUUGCGCCACAGACGGGUGGUGAACACCUUGCAGGAAGAGCUUCUUGAGGAAGAAGAAGAGGGGGAGGAGGAAGAGCGCACUUGGCGCCUCCCCACACGCCCGGGCAAGCACCUGCAGAAGGCUGGAUGCUGGAGGCGGCGUCUGGAAGGUGGAUGCGACCUUGACGAAGAGAGAGGCGUCUUUGGACGCAUUGAGAGGAUCUGGGAAGUAGGCAAGGAUGUGUCGCAGGAGGAGAUCGGCGGUGCCUCUUCAUUUAACAACCGGGAGUCUGAGGGAAGGGGCGACAGACUCCAGGAGCUGCAAGACAGGGCGCAACAGGACAAGGAGAGGCAGUUGGUCGUGGAGGACAGAGUUAAGGAGGGAGAUCUCAUCAGUAACCGAAGUGGUUACCAUCAUCAGCAUGGGCAUAUGAUGACAGCUGAACACCUGUAUGUCGCUGGCCACACUAUUGACGCUGGAGUUGGAGGAGAGGGAGUAGGAGGUGGAAAGGAGGGAUUGAUGUUCCAGAUUCCGCAUAGGAUGAAUGCAUGGAUUGAGGGAUCCCACCAAGUAUGCAAUGGACACUUUGAGGGGCGCGUGGUCGAGCCAUUGCAGGUGAUUGCAGAGAAGGACAGGGAACAGCAUCAACAGGGAACAAAGGAGGAGAGGGAGCACCAUCAUAGUAAUAACAAUAACAACAACAAUAUCACCACCACCACCACCACCAACAACAACAACAACAACAACAACGGCAACAACAAUAGUAGCAACAACAACAAUAAUAGCAGCAGCAACCAGCCUAACCAUACCCAGAACAGCAGCCUCAAUAUGUUGUGUGCAAGUGAAGGCAUCAAGCGAAGUGUUAGCGAUUGUGCAGAGAUGGAGACUGCAAUAGUCCCUAUAGAAGAGAAAAGUGCGGUGGCAGUGGGAGGAGGAGCUCCGAAGCCUUCAGCUCCGGGCCAGGAGGUAGUUUGUGCUAGGAGUGGGAGCGUUGAGCAUAAAAGCACAACGGCUGAUCAGGGCGUCAACAAUUCGUCCAAUAAUGUGCUCGCUUGUGUGACGACGCAGCCAAUUGACAAUGGCAUGCCAGUCAAGAGGAAAAGGGGCCGUCCCAGGCUCACUCCCGAGGAGCGGAAGGAAAGAGGAAAGAAUGGGCGUCGUAAUGUUAAAGCUACAGUGAGCAAAGAGAAAGGAGGAAGCACUGGCUUAGGGGCUGUUGGAGGGAUUAUAAAAGCGGUUGGCCGAGGAGCAGGAGUCGUCCUCGGAGGGGGGAUUGUUGUUGGAGGUCAUGUGGGAGGAGGAAUGAUGGGAGGUGGAGCACUUGUUCCGGGAGGAGGAGGAAUGGUUGGAAGAAUGGGAGUUCUUGCAGGAGGCGUUCUUCCUGGAGGACUUGUAGUUGGCGGCGUUGGAGGAGGGGGAGCUGUUGGGGGAGGCGUGAGAGGAGGUGUAGCUGUAGGAGGUGGAGGUGCUGGAGGGGUCACUGUCAUGGGAGGAGGGGUCAAGGCAGGAGCUGUUGGCGGUGUUGUGGGAGGUGUCGUGGGAGGUGUCGCGGCAGGAGGCAUGGGUGGUGGGACUGCCGGAGGUGGAGUUGUUGGGAGUGGGGGCAUGGUGGCGACUGUUGGAGGGGGAGUUGUGGGAGGAGUUGUUAGGGGAGGAGGCGUUGUUGCAGGAGGUGUCGGUGGAGGGGCUAUGAUGGCGGGAAGUCUCCCGGGAGGUAUUGGUGGAGGUUACCUUGGUGCCGUCCAUGGUAUGUAUAGACCGAUGGAUCAGCAGCGAAACAGAAGAGGCAGGAAGCGCAAAGACGAGGGAGGGGGAACAGGUCCAUCAGGGAGCAGUCAAAAGAGACCGAAACCCCCCGAGGAUGGUGUGAAGCGCAAGCGUGGGCGGCCACGGAUUAUCCGUGAUGAUCCAUCGAAAGAUAAGAAGCCACCGAACUUGACCGUGCAGGACAAGCCGGCAAGCAUUCAGCUUGUCCGACAAGACACUGGUACUGGGGUAUAUGUCGAUCUAAAGCAGGGUGUGACAGGUAGUCAGCCAACUGUAGCACGACCAGAUACUUCUGCUGCCGCAGUGCAUCAUGUUGGGUAUCACAACAAUGCGCUCAAGGAUCGCUCCUGUGGUGAUGAUUCCAAGGAUGGUGUGAUGCAGCUGGUCCGCUACGAAAGCUACCCGUUAGAUGACAGAUCUGGCGAUGGUGGCUGUAGUAGUGGGCGCAAGAAGGACACCUGGCAGAUUGUCCGGCACGAUGGAAGGCCUCUUGAGGGUGGUGGAGACGUAUUCAGUGAUGGCAGCACCGAAUGGCGGAAGCCACCUGGUAGCAGAGAUGGAACCGAAGAUUACCAUAGGAAGGACUCACCGCCACCUGUGGCUGUCGUUCUCCAGAUGAGGACAGAACAGCCUGCAGUCGUCAAAGAUGUCCACGUCGACUCGGGACGAACAGGGAUGCCAACAGCUCAAAGUAGGAUGGACAAGCCAGUGGGCACUGCAAUAGACAUGACAGUGCGACAUUGGCCCGGAGGUAGUGAAGGUGGUGCGAGUGCUGUUGGGGACAACGACAUGGGUGGCACGAGAGCAGAGGAGUCUGUAUGUCACGGGCACAAUGGUGACCUUGUGCAGGUCGCACAACACCGUGCAGGUGUUUCCAUUGUAGAUACAGGCGAGGAAAGGGCUGCUGGUGUGAGCUCAGGUGUGAGUCAUGGUGGGGGCCCCUCGCUCCCUACUUCUAAAGAGGAGCAGAAGGGUGUCCUGAAGAUUGUACAGCAGGAUGGAAGGGCAUCGGAAGGAGUGGCAGAGAGAGUGCGUCUUGUAGAUGGUCUUCCCCAUGAGGAGGACGAAGACGAAGAACCAAUUGCUAUUGUCAAACGCAAACAUAAACUGAAAAAGGAGGAUGGAGUUUGAACAAGGGCACAGGUUCUGGCUGGUCCAUCUUGCAAUGCAGGCUUGCUUUACCUAAGUGUUCAGCUUGGGUUUUAAAGUCACAGUCAUUUGGCUCCCCUCUCGAAUGCCAAUGACUACGGGUGGGAUUUGGUUGACGGCCCUCAUGUGGGUGUUUGGGGGGGGGGAGGGAGAAGGACGCGAGCGACCUGAAGGUCUCAGCUUUUUCUGUUUAUUUAUCCAUUGUGAAAGUGAAACUACUGCCAUUUACUUGCAGUAGGGUGUGAUGUGGGUUUAAUGGGGUGUGCGAUGUCAGUAAUCAAAGUCGACAAGGCACCCACAGGCAGACAGGGAAUCAUCAGGGAUGACCGAAGCCGGGGGCGGUGGCGAGAAGCAGAACCGUGUCUCGCUAUAAUGUGUAGAGCCAGAGUUAGAUCCAGUGUUAGUUGUGGGGCAGUAGAGUUUCUGAGGGGGGUUUGUUGUGGGCCGAUGAAAGAGUCGGGGUUCCUGAGGCAGGUUGUUGUGCGCCGUUCGAUGGCAGAGUGAAGUCUUGUUUAGUUUCGUUUGCCCGGACUUUGUAGGCUACGAACAUAGAUUUUUGAACGCAGUAGGUUAGGAAGGACGUGUUAAUUGGUAGAUGUCAGGAUGAUUGAUUGGUUCGUCGAGGACUCUGAAAUCGCAAGGAGAAAGUCCGGAGCACAUCAUUGAUUUGACUUUGUUGGAAUUGUCAAGUCCUGAAUCAUCUAUACUUCUGCAGCUUCAUGGAUUUGUGUUGACUUCACUGUACGAGGUGGGUGUGUUGUUGUCUCUGUAGGGACAUGGAGAAGAGGUGUGUGUGUGUGUGUGUGUGUGUGUGUGUGCGUGUGUGUGUGUUUUCUUUCACACAGAGCACUUGUCAGUAGACAUCCACUUGUGCUCGCGCCGUUGUGCCAUUCAGCACUUGUCAGUAGACAUCCACUUGUGCUCGCGCCGUUGUGCCAUUCACUGAUAUCCACUUGUGCUUGUGCUGUUGGCUGAAUUCGGCAUACAUCAAGAUGUCAGGUCCAUGAGUUGGGAUGUUUAAAUUCUGGACUGCAGAUUUUAGGCAUCCAUGUGAAAAAGUAUGCAAUUAAAAAAAAAAAAAACGGGGACGGUAAUGAGCGGACGGUUAUGAAACUGGGGGUGCAGUCUCUGAACACAAGACAGACGUGCUACGAUAUCAUACAAGUGAGCAUACAAGUGAGGAGAAGUUUGAGGGGUAAUGAGCGGACGGAUAUGGGGAAAGCGGGGGUGCGGUCUCCGAACAAAAGACAGGCAUUCAUGUUUCGACAACAUACGGGUGAGGAUAAGGUUGAGUACUGUAAGAGAUUAGCUGCCAUCAGGCCAGGAAGUAGGAUCUGGACCUGGACACACGGGUUUGGUAGAUACGGCUGGAUCGAGUGGAGGACUGUAAAAGAGGAGCCGCCGACAGGCCAGGAAGUAGGACCUGGACACACACUCACAUUUCGUAGAUUUGACUAGACCUC